AUGUCUAAGACCGACGAUCGGCUCAAAGAGUACCCACUGUUAAGCGGAGGUCCGGAGCUCUUCCUAUCAAUUAUGUUGUUUUGGUUACUAUUUGUCACAAAAUUGGGCCCAAAUUAUAUGAGAGACCGAAAGCCGUUUGUUUUGCGCGAAAUAAUAAUGAUUUAUAACUUUAUAUUAGUUGUAAUCAAUGCUUAUUUUGUAUACGCGUCGCUCCGAUGGCUCGACUAUUUCAAUAAACCCGUACUGACACGACUGCCGGCCCGUAACGAGUGGUCAGAGAAAGCGAUCGCCGAAUUACCGGAGAAAGCGUUUUACGCGUUCACUAAGUUAUUUGAUUUAUUCGAUACCGUAUUCUUUGUGUUGAGAAAAAAGUCUAAUCAAAUCACUUUUCUUCACGUUUACCAUCACUUUAUGGUUCCUGUGUUGGGAUAUAUGGCGGCCAAACUGUGUCCGCAAACUAUUAUUGUCGAAGGCUUUUGUUUUGCCAACUCUAUUGUACACACAGUUAUGUAUAGCUAUUACCUGUUGUCGGCAUUUGGACCCCAAAUACAGCCCUAUUUAUGGUGGAAGAGAUAUAUCACACGAUUGCAGUUAAUACAAUUUGCCAUGAUGAUAUAUUUCUUUUUCUACGGUGUUUUAUAUGGAUAUCCGGCUAUAUUUUAUGAUUAUCCCUUACCUCUACAAGUUGUGGCCUGUAUUCAACCAUUUGUAUUUUUUUAUUUGUUUCUCAGCGAUAAAAUGCUUUAUGUAUUACAUGACUAUUGGAUUAAUGAGACGGACGAUAGGAUUAAACCCUAUUUCCUGUUAAGCGGUGGUCCGGAGCUCUUCCUAACGAUUAUGUUUUUAUGGCUUAUAUUUGUCACAAAAUUGGGACCAAAUUUCAUGAGAGACCGAAAGCCGUUUGUUUUGCGCGAAAUAAUAAUAAUUUAUAACUUUAUAUUAGUUGUAAUCAGUGCUUACUUUACAUACGCGUCGAUCGGAUGGCUAGACUACGGCCACAAAUCAUGGGAUUUAAAACUACCCGAACGUAACCAAUGGUCAGACAAAGCAAUUGCUGAAAUACCAGAAAAAGCAUUUUAUUUUUAUACAAAAUUAUUUGAUUUGUUUGAUUCCGUAUUCUUUGUGUUGAGAAAAAAGUCAAAUCAACUCUCAUUUCUUCACGUUUACCAUCACUUUAUGGUUCCAGUGUUGGUAUUUUUGGUCGCAAAAUUGAGUCCACAAACCGUAGCCAUAGAAGUAUUUUGUUUGCUUAACUCUAUUGUACACACAGUUAUGUAUAGCUAUUACCUGUUGUCGGCAUUUGGACCCCAAAUACAGCCCUAUUUAUGGUGGAAGAGAUAUAUCACACGAUUGCAGUUAAUACAGUUCGCUAUACUUAUAGUGUACGUCAUGUAUAGCGUAUCGGUUAAUGAUUUGUCCGGUUAUGCAAUGGCUUUUAAAUGGUUGGCUGAUUUUAUUUAA